UGAGUGUUGAUAGUCAUUUGAUGUAUUAGAGAUCCUGGAGAUUAGUAUGAACAGAAUGAUGGGAGAAUUCGUGGAACAGUUAGUGGGUAUAUCCUGUUCUAGUCAGCCUCUCAGGUAGGGAGCAGAGGAGUACUUCACCUGUAUCACACACAGACAGAGCUAGAGUCUCACCUGAGGCAAAGGGCUGGUGGAGAAGCUGCACUGUAAUCACUGGAAGAAGGGGCGAACUCAUCUACUGUACACUGAGCUUCCUGUAUCAUCAUGGUUCCAUCAAAGCUGAAGGCCAGGAGCCCCAUGUUGGAAGCAGUUCUGGGCUUUGUCCUGGGAGUGGUGGGAGGCUGUGUGCUGGGGGCCACUGAGGAGCCAGUGAAUGAGGCUAUGUCAGUGAUGACCUCAGGGGCCCUGCUUAAGCAUGUGUCUGACGGCGUCCAGACUGUGGGGCCCUUGGGGCUGGGUACCCUCCUGGGAGCAACGGCACUAACCACAGUCAUGACUUCAAUGGUGGCUGGGGUCAUAUUCGCAGCGGCUAUGGCUUCCGUAUUGCUGGGUGCCAGGAGCAGUGGUGGUGGAGCAUCCCAGGCAGAAUCUGUGGUUGUGUGGAUCGCAGUUGGACUGGCUGGCGCUUUCGGGACCACAGCCAGUGGAGCAACACUUGGAGUCGUCAUUGAAGCAGUCGUGGUGGGCUCAGGGAUGGUGGGACUUCUCUGGGCACUGAGCAUAUUCACCCUGCUCAAACCUGCUUUGCACUUCCUUCUCAAGUUCAUAUGGAGACAAGGAGAGUCCUGUGUCCGCCUUGGACAGAGCUCUCUGGAGGCCAGGGAGAGAGAGCUGAGAGAGAUGGAGGCGAGGGAGGUGAUGAAGAGAGACAGAGUGACAGUGGAGAUUGAGCAGAGGAUUGUCACAUUGGACAAGGAAGGACAGAGGACAGAAGGCCUGGAGCAUAGAGCAAACUGGGAGGCACAGCGCAGAGAGAGAAAUGAGAUGGAGAGAAAGAGGAGAGAAUGGAUGGAGGAGGUAAAUGAGCAAAAGACCAUUCAAGAGCAGAUCAACAAAGUGGUGGUGAAAUACGUGGAUUUCCUGGCGUUUUCAGGGAUACCCAUGACUAUGACCGCCAUGGUCACAGCAGGAUUUGGGGUGUUUGGAUUUGGGGACUACCGGUUUGUGUUUGUGGUCCUUUUAGCUUUGGUCCUGUUCAUGUCCUUCAUGUUCAUGAAAUCAUCCAAUUUUUACUUCUGGAUGUUCGCAGGGUGUAUGGGAAUGUUUGCCACGUUUGCCAUAGCAGUGCUCACUGUGCACGCACGUCAGGAAGUGGUGUCGGAAUCUAUCAAAAUGCGCAGGGUUGGUCAGGAUAUAUCAAGAGCGAACAUUAGCACCCAGAUGAACCACAGAUCUUCUCUAGAGGCCUUGGGCGCAGGAUUUUUUGUGUCAAAGCUAUGUCAGCUAGGCUUAGGGGCCACCAUAGGAGGCCCUUUGGGCAGGGGGGAAGAUAAGGGGAAGGUUAUAGUAGGAUCAGCUGGGUUGGCAGUGGUCAUUCUGAUAGUAGUGAGUGUCUCUUCCCCUGUAGUGCUGGGAGCGGGAGGGACCUCAGGGGCACUGUUAGGGGUGGUAGGGGCAGCAGGGGUGUCUGUUGGGGCCACAGCAUCAGUGGCAGUGGGGUGGUCCACAUGGGCAGGUACGAUAGGGACUACAGCAGGGAUGGUUUUAGGAGCGUUGGGGAUGGGUAAGUGGCACUUUGUCAACAUUGGAUUGCAGAUGCCGGUGGCUUAUAUCUUUUCUAUGGACAAUCUUUUUUGAUAGAGCAUCCAACAGGAGAAUGAGAUAUGAUUUUGUGGCUUUGUGGUAUGUGUUGCAAUCAUGAGCAAUGCAGUAUAACCUGUUUCAUGCCAGCACUCCCACUUGUCUUGAUAAGCUAAUCAAACAACCAAUCAAAAAGUCAUGCUCAGGCAUUUUUCUUUAUUUUUAUGAAAUGCUUAUUGUCAAGCAAAACUUAUACCAUUUCAUUUCAUCAUAGAUUGUAAUGAUUCAUUAAUGUGUUAACGUUUUAAUUGACUGUAAGUGAAAAUAGAGAAAUGCCUCUUAAUAAAUGUCAUUUUCAGAUGAAAAAGUAAUUGCACUUCUCAAAUAGCCUACUGAAGUGAAACAUUGUUAGUUGUAGUCUAAGUAUUCAAAUGCACUUACAGCUACAGUAACAGAACCAUUCUAUUGAAAAGCAGAAGGGAAAACACCAGCUGUAUGUCUAUACUUCACGAAAGUACAGAGAUAAAGAUGUAACUCCUCCAUCACACACUGGUUCCUCAGAAGGGUUCCAGUGAUGGGUUCCCUCUGGCUCAAUGCUGGACCUGGCAGAGACGUACUUCUCUCCAGACUCCCAGGUAGAGUGGGGUAAAGUAAGAGUGCUGCAAGUCCUAUCAGAAAUAAGUAUAGACUGGCUGUCCUGUUGGUCUCCGGAGACACACUUUCCCAUCCAUUGUCCAACUCACAGUGACCUGAUCAGGGUAGAAGUUGUUGAUCAGACACAGCAGCGUGGUCUGACCACGAGUUCUGGUCAGGUCCUUACCAGUUGGGACACUGACCUGAGCGGCGGCUGUGGCAUGACCUGUGGAAAAUAUAUUAAUGAAUAAAUGGAAAUGCAAAGCAUCAGCAUCUGCUAAUAUAAUACAUUAUGGUAAUUAAACAAAUAUUUAAAACAAUUCUCUUGAAAUAAAAAAGGUUAGAUAUUAUACAACCUGAAAAUCAAACUAGCAAGUGUUUAAUCCUUAAGAGUCAAUUAAUGUGCAUAAUAAAAAAUCCCCAUCAAAAAUCUGUUUAAUCUAGAGAUAUGUUUUUGCUUGGGCUGCAUCUCAAUCCAUCGUAUCCGCCUAUGUUGGCCUUCCUCAUCUGCAGUGGAAAGUGGCAGAGCUACAGUACAGCGCUGUUUGUCAGACCAGGAGACCUCCCGAAGAUCAGUCUUCUCAUGGAAACAUUUGUAGCAUCCGAACGCUUUAACCACUCGUUGGAAUGGGGAGACUCCCACGAACACGAUGGUGUUCUCCAUUUUGCUCUGUCGACCCCCACUAGUGUCACAGAACUCUUCUGAAGGUAACCCGGGACCGGAUAAAAGAAAGAGUUAAAUAUGUGUCCAAAUACAGUAUAUAUACCUGUAUAUAUAUUUCCUGAGCUUUAUUAUAUCUUCUAGAUAUAGGACAGACAUUUCAAAACCUUAUUCCUUAUUAUUAAUUUUUUGUUUUGCCAUUAUUCUAUGCAUUUCUAUGGGCUAUAGUAGUAAAGGCCAAAUUCUAUAUUUGAGCAGACAUUUAAAAUGUUGAUACCUACAGGGGUCCUAAAAUUCAAUAUCAAAUAGCUAAAUGAUCCAUGGUAUGACCAUCUAAAAACAAUUCCAUAUGUUACCUUAGUAGAACCCCCCACCCCCCCCCCACCCCCUCCCCCCUUAGUAUUUUCAUAGCCUCCAGCAUAAACAGAUUGAAAUAUGUAUAAAUGCAGAUAGACAAUAUGAAUAUAUCUAUUCUUGAUUUACAUAAUAACAUAUAUUUUGUACAUUUGUAAAAUACAAUAUAAUUAACAAAAAUAUUGGUACAACUUUAUAAUAACUAUCAUGAAUAAAUGUGUAAACAUUUAUAAGCAUUCUAAGCCUUCCAUUCCAUAAUAAUUUAGAACAUUUAUCAUCAUUUUUAAAGCAUUUAUAAGCAUUUAUGAAGGCUUCAUGAAAUGUUAUAAUAUGAUAGGAUGAAAUGAUGUGUUACCAAAACAUUAGAUUUAUGAAAUUGAUUAAAU